UCCCCGGCGAUGACGGCUUCCUGCCGGGCGAAACUGAGGCGGGCGGGUCGAGCUCCGGCGCCUCCACACUGUGAUGAGCUGAGAAACCGAGGGGGUGGGGGACUGCCUGGUCGAAAUCGAGCUGGUCGGCAUGUGGAGCGCCGCGCGUCCCCACUGCUCAAUUUGAAGUCGUUUACAAGCGAAUGCGGAUUGUGAGGGGAAAUGAGUAAGAGUGUUGGCUCCAGAAUGGAAGGCUCAGCCAGCAUGCCCAACGGACCGGUCUCGGCCCCCGCCGGUCCCUCGCUCGGCCCACCGCCACCGGCCAGCGGGCCUCAGUCAUCCCUAACGGAAAUCACCGAGAUGUGGCUGAAAUUUGGCAAGACCUUCGUUGCCAUUCUGCCCAUCUACAUCCUGGGCUACUUGGAAUUCAGCUUCAGCUGGGUGCUGAUCGGACUAGCGGCUUUGUUCUACUGGAAGCGAGCCCACGGCGGAAAGGACUACAGGAUCAACCGCGCGCUGGCCUUCCUGGAGCACGAGGACAAAGUCGUCAAGCAGAUUCUUCCCACCACCGAGUUGCCGUCAUGGGUCCACUAUCCAGAUGUGGAACGAGUGGAAUGGCUCAAUAAGACGGUGAAGCAGAUGUGGCCGUUCAUUUGCCAGUUUGUGGAUAAGUUGUUCAGGGAGACCAUCGAGCCGGCGGUCCAGGGAGCCAACCCGCAUCUCAGCUCCUUUUGCUUCUCCAAGAUCGACUUGGGCAACAAGCCUUUCAGGGUGAACGGUGUCAAAGUGUACACGGAGAACGUGGACAAGCGGCAGGUCAUCAUGGACAUGCAGAUCAGCUUUGUGGGCAACACGGAGAUCGACGUGGACAUCAAGAAGUACUACUGCAGGGCGGGAAUCAAGAGCAUUCGGCUUCACGGCGUGAUGCGUGUGGUCAUGGAGCCUCUCCUGGGAGACAUACCCCUCAUUGGCGCACUCUCCGUCUUCUUUCUCAAGAAACCCCUUCUGGACAUCAACUGGACAGGCCUGACCAACGUGCUGGACAUUCCUGGAAUCAACGGUUUGUCCGACAGCCUGAUCCAGGACAUCAUCUACAGCUUCCUGGUGCUGCCCAACCGUAUCACCAUCCCUUUGGUGGGCGAGGCCCAGCUCAGCCGCCUUCUCUUCCCCGUGCCUCAAGGCAUCUUGCGCAUCCACUUCUUGGAGGCCCAGGACCUUCUGGGUAAAGACAAGUUCCUGGGCGGCCUCAUCAAGGGCAAGUCGGACCCGUACGGGGUCAUCCGGGUGGGCAACCAGCUCUUCCAAAGCAAAGUCAUCCAUGAAACGGUCAACCCCAAGUGGAACGCCGUCUAUGAGGCGGAGGUCAUGGACCCAGAGGGACAAAAUCUUGAGGUCCAAUUGUAUGACGAAGACACGGACAAAGAUGACAUGCUGGGAAGCGUGACCAUUGACUUGGGCGAAGUUGUCAAAGAGCAGAAAGUGGACGAGUGGUUCACUCUGGACGAUGUGGCUUCUGGCAAGUUGCACCUGAAGCUGGAGUGGUUGUCUCUGCUGUCCACGCCCGACAAGCUGGACCAGGCUCUGGCCAGCAUCCGCGCCGACCGCGGCAAAGCCAACGACGGCCUCUCUUCGGCGCUCCUCGUCGUCUCCUUGGACUCGGCGCGCAACCUUCCGGGCGUGUUCGAGGGCAACGUGGGAAGCGGGCAUCUUUCCGAGCGGCAAGCCGCCGGUUUGGUGUUUUGCGAGAACACGGCCUCGCUCUACCGCAGCUUAUUUUGUAAUCCCUUAGAGUUCAACCAGGUGGGGCUGAAGAAGGCCUCGUUUGGUAAGGCCUUCAAGGCCGGAAAAAAAGUGACCAGUGAUCCGAGUCCAUUUGUCCAGCUCCGAGUGGGUCACAAGUCCCAUGAGAGCAAGACACGCUACAAAACCAACGAGCCGGUGUGGGAAGAAGCUUUCUCCUUCCUCAUCCACAACCCCAGGACUCAAGACUUGGAGGUGGAGGUGAAGGACGCCAAACACGACAACUGCUCCUUGGGCAUUCUGAUUCUGCCUCUGGGCCGCCUGCUGGAGGCCGAAGACAUGACCCUCAACCAGCAGUUUCUUCUGCGCAACUCUGGACCCAGCUGCAGUCUCAAGAUGAAAAUAGCUUUGCGGGUGCUUUGUCUGGACAGAGACGCAUCUUUCGGCGUCGACCAGGCCUCAUCCGGACUCAAGUCCAGUACCGCCAACCUGACGCCACGGCCGUCCGAGCUUUCUGACUCGGCCGCCAACAUCCCGCGCUCGUACUCCGUGUCGGGCCAGGACGGCCUGAGGCGGCGUCGGGAGUCCGAGCAGGAGGAGCCGGACAGCCGGCUGAAGGGAGGCAGCCUGGCCGAGCGCGGCCGCAGCUCGUCGCACGUGGCCAUCAUGGGAUCGCAGCACUUCCUGGACGGAGGCAAGGAGGCCACGCCCAGCAUCGCCUCCGAUAUCUCCUACCCCUUCGCUGCUCAGGAGCUGCAACAGAGACUCCAGCAGAUGCAGAAUGGUUCUGGGCCCAGCUACUUCCCCCUGGGGGAGAUCCAGCUGACGGUAAGACACAGCUCCCAAAGGAACAAGUUGGUGGUGGUGGUCCAUGCCUGCAGAAAUCUGAUAUCAUUCAGCGACCACGGCUCAGACCCGUACGUGCGCCUCUACUUGCUCCCUGACAAGAGACGCUCGGGAAGGAGAAAAACUCACACCUUCAAGAAAACGCUCAACCCCAUUUAUGAUCAGACUUUCGAGUUCAGCGUUUCCCUGGUGGAGCUCCACAGGAGAACUCUGGAUGUGGCCGUCAAGAACAGUGGAGGGUUGCUCUCCAGACACAAGGGCCUGCUGGGAAAGGUCCUGGUCAAAUUGGGCCCCGAGGACGCCGCCAAGGGAUGGACGCAGUGGUAUGAGCUAACUGAAGAUGGCCAAACGAAGACUCAUCUGAUCUAAAGUUAUCAUCAUAGCGGUGGUGGUGGUGGUGAUGAGUUGGGCGUCAUUCGAAUCUCCCCGUUUGUGCUACUUUCAAACUUUCCAACCAAACAAGCAGCUUUCGCAUGAAGGGGCAAGGCAGACCUUGCCUUUGAGGCAAAAGGGAACAAACGCAAAUUGGCUAUCACUAUUUAUCAUUGUCACCAAGUCCUUUGUGUAAAUACGUACAGUGUAUGUCGCAUCGUGCAGGAUCAAGAUAAAAUGGCUGGAAUGUUUUUUUUUCUUCUUCUUAACAAUGUCUGUCAUGUGUGAGGGAGCCCAAGGGACACAUGGAAAAGAGAAAAAUUUAAAUCCACUUUUCAAUUAAAAAAAACAGUUGGACUAUACAAGGGAAAAAAAGUCCUAUUUUGGGGAUUGGAAACAUUUGUCAUAUUCUGAGUUUAAUGAAGGACAAAAAUCACUUUAAAAAUUAAUUAGUGUGCAAGCAUUUUAUGGUAAUAUUUCAACUUUAAAGAACAAAAUCUUGUGAUAAUUAAGAAUUAUUAUGUUGGGGGGAAAAAGUCACUUUUUUUCUUGAAAAAUACAUCUUUUGUUUUUCUUGCGGGGGUGAAAAUGCCUUUUUGAGGGGUCCAAAUCUUCCCCUCCAAAUUUCCUUGGAAAAAAUGGCUGAGGAAGAUUUGUUCUUUUAUUUUCAAAUUAGGAAUACAAUUGGAUGUGUUUUCUUCAAAUAAUUCAACUUGUGAGAAAGUGGAGAAUCAAAAAUUAGUUUCCAUCUUUAAAAAUACUUAAUUUUCUCUUGAAUUUUUCAGUUUUCCUAAAAAAUGACACCCCUCCCAAAACAAAAGUCAGGAUGGAGAAUUGUUUAUUUUAUGUUAUUGUUGACCUUUUUGUUCCUCAAAACAAUGAUUUUUAGAGACCAAUUUCCCCCCAAUAUAUGACACUUUUCUUUGGGAGAAAAAAAAUACAACUUUAGCCAUGAUUCUUUUUUUCUUUUUUUUUUUUAGGAUUAAAUGUGACUUUUUUUCUUGAAAAAUAUUUUUUUUUCAUGUUUUAAUUGCCCUGCAAACCCCCCCCAAAAUCUUUCUUUCUCAUGAAACGAAAGAAAAUGACUUUUCUUUCUUCGAACAAUCUCUUUUUACCUUGUACGAUUCGAAUUUGUUCCUUUUUUUCCUAAUUCUGUGGUUGUGAUGCAAGUGAGUUGCAGCCACCACCAAAUGGAACCAAAUACAUUUUUUUAUUUUUUUGUAUUGUUUUUGUUUUUUGUUGGCUUUUUUUUUUUUACACGUUUUGCUAAGCGAAGCUUUGCACUGGCUUUUAUUUGCCAUUUGUUUAUCUGGUAUGACAAUAGAGGAUGUAAUUGUGUUGGGAAGUUGUUCUGCACCAGUGAGUGACUGUUUGCGUAAGAUUGAAAUAUUAGCCAGGUGUUUAAAGGCGACUUUAUUGUGAAAAUAAGGAUUCAAAAAUUAUAAAUGGAGAGCUAUUAUAUCACGCCUACAGCUGUCCAUAUGUACAGUACAAAUCCUGCAGCUUGAAAAAGAAACCCAAAAUAUCACAAUUGCAUAUCAUCAUGUAACAGCACCAUCUAGUGGCCAUUAUUUUUUUAAAUGAAGCAGCAAUAUUUUAGCGAGUGUCAUUUUCAUAUUGUUUUAAUACUUCCACGUUUUACUUGCAAGGUCUUAAAUCACUAUCGAAUUUCUAUUUUGUCAUGAUUUGAAGUAUUCAAAGUAAAAUGAGUAGAACAGGAAAUCUGUUAUUCUGACGUGUAUUCUGCUUGGAGACACAUUUCAAAUUCGAUGGACAUUUACUCUUAUUUUGAAUGGCUCACAUUUGAGUCUCCUUCCUGUUGUGCCUUAGGUCGAAGGUCACGUGACCCUUUUGCGUCAACUUGGAAAGGAAUAAAACAAAAAUCAUAAGGAAAA